GCAUAAAUUAACACAGUUUUUAAUCUGCUAAUAACUAAUGAAAUAUUUUUACAAAUCAUGUCAUAGUUGAAACAUGACAAUAAGUUAUCUAUAACAUUUUGAAAUGUUAAAGGUCAAAUGAAUAUUGCUGGACUAAGUAUUAGAUCAUGUAUCUUGUACUGUCUUCGUUGUCUUGGAGAGGCUGUUAUGAAGUGCGUGUGACGGCGAGAAAAAGUUCGCGAUUGGUUGGUGGCUAUGCAGAGUUAAUGAUGAAAUAUGAGCUGAUGUGUCGUCAUGUAGAUGUUGAGAGAUGGAGACGAUCUAGAGAUUUGAAACAGUAAAAACAUCAAACGAUGGGAUUAAAAACAGGCGAUAAAUAGGAUUUGUCUAAAUUCUGAGAUGACAUCUAACUAGAGACAUAUAAGUGACACACAAUACGUCCGAGUGACACAAGUAUCGAUAUCAACCUAGUGGUUCACAUUUUUUAAAUUGUUGUGCUGACGUUUGCGGUCAUAGUGACCGACUAUACGCCAUGGCUAAUAAUUAUGCUAACUCUCCUAAACAGUCGAAAUUUCUGGAAGGAUGGAUGGAACAUAAGUCUGUGGACAGUAAAUGGGCCAAAUAUUGGUGUGUUAUGAGUGGUAGCUCCAUCCACAUCUUCAACAACCCGAAGCAGUCAAAAGAAACGCAUGUUGGUUCUAUUGAUAUUGGACGAGGUGCUAGACUAGUGAAAAGAGAAGGAGAUGAGAAAAAUGGAUAUAAAUUUGACUUGUACACAAUGAAAAAAGUGAAUAAAUUUAAGACCUCAAAAUUUAGUGAGCGUGAACUGUGGCGUGCUUUCAUUGAAGGUAUCACUAGUGGAUCAAUACCAGAUAAUAUUGACCUUCUGCCUGGACAGAUAAAUGAUGUUCAACUUUCACUAAAUGAAUACUAUAAAAUACAAAAAUUGAUAAAAAGACCCUUGCCUAUACCUUCAGAGCCUCCUAUAGAGGAAAACUAUGAACCAGGUUUUGAUACACCCAACACAUCUACUUCAGGAAGCUUCCCUGCAUGUGAUGAUGACUACAUGGAACCACUCCCAGUAAAUAAUUAUCAGAAGUUAAUAUUUUAUCCUGAUUCAAGAAAAACUGAAAUACCAAGCUGGUUUUUUCCUAAUUGUACACGAGAGUUGGCAAUUCAGAUAUUAGAAAGGGGUGCCAAAUAUGGAAAUACUCUAAUGAGAGAAAGCACAAGUGACAGUAAGAAUCUGGUGAUAUCCAAAAGAAUGGAGUCUAAUGGUGGUAAAACUGAAACUCACUAUGUAGUAAAUCGUCUUUCAAAUGGCUAUAAAAUAGAUGUAGAAAAUCUACAUGAACCAAUGAAAAGUCUCUAUGAAGUGAUGGAGUUUUUUAUUGAUACUAGUGGAAGAUCAGUUACAUUUCCAAUGACCUGCAAUGAUUUGACCAAAUUUGGGAUUACUGAAAAAAUUUAUAAUCAUUACAACACAAAAAUUGUUAAAGUCCUAUAUGAUGCUGAUAGUGGGGAAGAAACUCUUGAUGCUCCAGAUCCAAAAAUGUCUGUUCCACCUCAGUCAGGUAAACAAAUAAUUUCUUCAAAAUAUUCUCGAUCAGUAUCAUCUCAGCAUUCCCUUAAACAUGAAGUUUCUUUUGGACAUAUAGCCCCCAUUCCUUGUAAAGGACGAUCUCAAUCGGUGCCUGACAUUGGUCAUCAAGCAGGACUAAAGUUUCAAACAUUAAGCAUUGCUAAUGGGUUGUCUAACUGUGAUCCUCCCUAUAUGAAUGUAAAUCAAAAGAUUACCUCUCUUGAUCAAGGUAAAAAGUCUUUACUGCAAGCAGUUUCUCCUCCUUUGCCUGGAAACCACCCCAAAUUGCAGCCCCCACCACUUCCACCUAACCACCCACCACCAUUGAAGCAAUCAGCAAGUUUUGACUCUCCAGCUGAGUCUAAGAGAAAUCCUCCAAAGCAUUCCCUGUCCUUGGGCUCAAUGGACAGCCAGAAUAGAAAACAAAAUCUCAGAUUGUCACAGCCAAUCAAGGUAGCUCCAGAUGUAGCUCCUGCAGCAAUGGUCCAUGAAAUAUCAAGUAAUAAAACAAGCAACCUAUCAUCACCAAUUUCUGAUGAACCUAACAAAGAGAUGUUUAAGAAAAGGCUUGAGGGUCUUCUAGGUCCAUCACCUCGACUGUCUGGAGCAAGCUUAUCUCAGUCUGUCAGCCAACUUCCUACAACAAACGGUGGCACAGGAUACACUUCAAGUAAUGAACAUUAUCAAAACAUCCCAUCUGCUCAAAGUCAAAUGAACUUGCGCAAAUAAAAUGUAGACUACUUAUUACCAGGAGCUAUUGAGGUUCUUCGCCCAAUGUUAGCAUAAAGAGACUGAAAUAAAAAAAAAGAAAUCAAUCUUUUGCUAAAUUGAAGCCUGCUAAGAAAUAAUAUUUAAUUUCUUAUUUUAUUCAGUUGCAAUGUUAAAAUUGUAAGUAGUUGUGGCCCACUCAUGUAAAUAUUCAGUGUAAAUAAUCACAAAGUCUUAUGUUUUGUUUUGAUGAUGAUUCAGUGCAUGACACAAGUAUGGGCUAACAUUGUAUUUCAGUGUGCUAUAAAAGAACCAUGCUGAAAACAAAAACUCGGUUGGCCACAAAAGAAUUGAAGGCCUUGUAUUGGCUUCAAAGCAUUCAAGCAAAGCAAGUCAUUUUUUUUUUAAGGACAUGACAUGCACAAAUAGCAGCUAUUAAAUGUAAAUAAUUCAAAAGCAUUAGAUUGGAUGGAACCAAUUAUGAAUGUGUGAAAUCUGUAAGAGUAGUGUGAACCACAUUUGUGCAAUCUUUUGUGAAGGAUUUUUCUUCUGUGAUAAUGUAUAUUUAACUCUUUAUAAGAUUAGAACAAAAUUAUCAUAUUAUAAAAUGUGGCAUAACCUGAACUUGUUUUUAUAUUUUAAUCUGUUUUUAAAACUCGACUGGUGAUUGGAUGUUUGUGUUGAAAUGUAAAAUAUUGAAAUAAAUUAGAACAUGAAACAUACUUAUGAGACUUCAUUAUUUCUUUUACUUAAUGAUGAAUAUGUAAAAAAAACAAAACACCACACUGAGCAUAAAACAAACUCUGAUAUAUUAUUAUUGGAAAAAAUUGCCUGGAAAUGUUUAUAGUUUUGUGAGCACAAUUUUGUUUUGCAAAUGUUUCUCAACUCACAGAUUCCUGAAUUGUGUGAACAGAUUUAUAUAAAAUUUAAUUACACAUAAUGACAUUUAAAAAUAAUAUUUAUAUAAUAAAGUAAAAUUUAAAAAAUUGACAUAAUUUAUUUUUAUUAAGAUGACAGAUAACAAAACCAAUAGCAAUAAAUGAUACAAAAACAUGUAAUAACAUUGUAAUCAGCAUUUUUAUUAAAUACUCUUACAUACAAUUUUUAAUAUCAUUUACCCAAACACUAUAUUUCCUUUCUUGCUUCAAUAUACAACAAAUCAAUGUUGUAAAGAAAUGAAUAGUUCGCAACAUUUUCUUCUUUUUUAAGUUUUUGUUGUUUCUGAUGAUACACAUCAAUCACUCUGCUGGAGAAAUAAAUAAAACACGCAUAAAAUUAUAAUCUUAAAUAUUAAAAAGAAUAAUCUAGUUAUAAACAUUCCUAAAAGCAAUACGAAUGCAAUCUCCACACAAUUAUUGUACAUUGAGAAACUAUGAGUUUACUUAAAGGACUGUUUUGACCUGGAGACCAAAUUGUCAGCAAAGCAUGUUGGUGGUGGGAAAGCUUCAAACAAUUGUAUUUGCAGUUGGAAGAACAAAUUCACCUACAUGCAAUAUUUACUGAAUAGGUUCAUUAGCUAGUUGCUUGUUUUAAUCAUGUAAAAAUUAGAAAAUUUAAAAUAUUAGGAUCUAUAUGCAAGAUGACAGUAGAUGAUUAAGCUGUAAGGUUUAAAAAUAAAUAUAUUUACAAUUUUGUGUCAUCGAGACAAAACUUUGUACAAAAUGUGAGGAUGAGUUUAAAAGAUUUGUGCACAAUGGGAAGACAUCCAUAGGAUUGAAUCUCAGGAUGGAGAAAGAUGAAGAAAAACUAUACAAAUGGUUAAACAAAAUCAGUUUUAACACUAGCAAUUGGUAGAAUUGAUAACAAAGGCAAAAAUUCACCUACAUUGCUUUGAUAAAUGUUGUUACUCUAGUCAAAUAUGAAUAUUCCUCUUUUAUAAAAUAUAGAAAUAAGAGAUAGUAACUACACAAACAUACAAUUAUGUAUUUAAGCAUAUCAUAUGCCUUGAACCCAACAGUAGCCAAUAGAAUGAGAUGAAAGAACAAGGGCAUAGAAAAAAAAAAUAUAUAUUACAUUUGGAAACAUGAUGAGCUAUACUUUUCUUUUUCCCUUCCGGAAUAGUGCACAAGAUCAAGAUAGCUAACUUUUAAGUAAAAGAUAAAUCAUUGUUCGUAUCUUAUCUGAGAACACCUACUUUUACACUAACUUAAAGCAGACACCUAUGGACUGAACUAAAUUGAUUGGUUAUGUCAAUGACUGAUUUAAGCAUUGAAAAUUGACUAAUUUUAGCAAUAUAAAUAUUAAUCACCAUAGUUCAAAGAUAAACUAUUUAAAAAAGCCUAUGUAUCACAAGUAGUAGAUUGUAAAUUAGAGUAAAGCUGCUUUAUUUUUUAUUUUUAUAGCUUUAUAAAGGCUACACCUAGAAAAAACAAACAACAGAAAACAUCUGUAAAGUCGCCAUCCAUUUGUCAAUAAAAACAUAUGUUGUAUUGUUUCACUAUGCAUAGUUAGAAAAAAAAAAUCAGAUGUCAAAUAGUGGUGGGGUAGGUAUGGAGAAACAAUUUUUUUCCCUAACUACAAACAGCUUAUAAAUCACAGAGAAUGUUAUGUAUUUAAAAAAUGUUUUCAUCUAAUUCUUUCAUUUCAGGCAUUUUCUGGUCACAUAUGAGCUGAACUACCAUUUGGAUGAGAAAAGAAUGGACUAUUUGCCGUAUCCAUGUUGCAGUAAUAUUUCAAAAUGUAAGCAUGGUCAAUGCUAUAAAUAAGAUGAAGCAACGGCAGAGGAAAGCAGACUUAAUACAUCCAUCAAAAUAAAGACGCAUUGAUACAAUAUUGUGAGGGUAUUUAUGUGGGGGAGAAAAGGGGGUUCUCGAUAAAACAGCUUUACUCUCUACUUAAGAUUUUUUUUUUAAAUAGAAAAUAAAAAAAAAAGCAAAAUUACAGAUAAAAUACACACUGAUAAAUAAAGUCUUGUAUGAAAAUGUUAAGUUUACGAUAAAAUAAAAUAACAAAAAUCUCUGGGCAAACAAUUU